UUCUCAAGUACUCCAACUGGUCCACCUGGUGGUCGUGAGCAACAAGUUGUAGAUCCACCUCCAUGUGCUUCUUCUACAACAGCAGCCCCAAUAGGACCUAGUUGUACUUCUGCAGCUGCCGUUGUCCAAUUGCCUUUGUUAAGGCUUCGCCUAGUCCAUCUGCGGAGGCAUCUUGGAGACGUUUUCAAGGGGAAAACUGUCGCAGGAUGGCCUUCGAGAUGGAUGAGGGUGGGCUCUAACCUUGCUGUUAACAAGUCAAGAGGCAGCUUCUCCGCGAAGCAACGCUUCCUCAAGUGAAAUGGUGUCUAAAAUCUUGGCCGGAGAUGCCAAAUCUGCGGAAGCAUUUUUACGUAACCUAGAUGAAACACGGGACUUACUAGCAAAACAACUAGAGACGUUUCAGAAUCAAGUGGCAAAAGCAGACCACUCAGGAGGAGCAGCAGCACCUGUAUGCACUCAAAAAGAUGUUGUCCAACCAGCACAACCACAGCCUCCUCAUCUUCGUGGUCUCAUUAACAAGCAGGAGGAUCUACUAGUCGACGAGUUCAACUAUUAUACGUCGACGUGUGCUGGCUAUAACGGCUGGAGUCUUGCUGACGAUAAUAAGGUGUUGUGCACGCCGCGCCGCGUAGACGUUCUCCUCGAUGAAGAAGGAGGAUCACCGUGUCACAUCCAAUCACCAGAGCCACACCGAUGGGUGCACCAAGGACGCAAGGUUGUCGUACCACCUGCGUCACAGCAGGUUGCUCCUAGACUGGUGACUCAGAACAACGUGUUGAGAGGCAAGGACAAUCACAUGAGCAACAAGGUACGCAACAAGGUAGUAGAAUCUUCUGAAUCUCAUCCUCACUGUCAAUACAGUCACAGUGAAACACAAGUACAAGAAGAAGGAGAUCCACAAGGUAGUACAACUGUCCUGGUCAGCCAAGACGUUGAUCAGGUGAACGAUCAAGAAAACGACAUCCUCCUUCUAGCUCCCGAGCAUGGCGCUUCGGUGACCGAACACCUCAAAGCAGUUAUCGCAGACAAGGUAUUCGACCUCGUUAUCGACAAAUAUAGUGACGACUACGAUUAUGGCUUCCCACACACGCAUUGCGCGGCCCUCCACUAACUGACAUCGAUCCAUGCUUGGCCUCGUCCCCGGUUCCACUAGGAACGAGGUCAGAGAUCAUGUUUUGAAAAAUGCAAUAUCGUCCCAAAAACUUCUUCUAACACCAAGGGGACGUCGGAUGCGUGUUCCAGCGAGCGCGAUGCCGCUUGUACAGCAACAACGUGUACGACAUCUGCAACACGAAUGUUAUUCUUCGACCGGCCCUUCUAGUGAGGAAGAUGACGCGUCACGGCUACUUCGAAAACGCUUUGCGGAGGAUUUUGCCGUCGUAUCAGAAUUAUGGUUCGUCUUCAUCUUCAUCUAGUAAUCCUUAGGUAUUACUACUGCUAGAUCUACAUCUAGAAGAUGUUAGAGUUUUAAUGAAGAAAUAGGAAUUUCUGUUGCAGCUGUGGAUAUAAUUGUGCUAGUACUAUUCCGCGUAGCUUAGCGUGGAGGUUACCAGCACCAGAAGUACUAGCACCAGCACGAGGACCGAAAGUGGCAGCGAAUGAACCUUCUUCUAACACUCGCGACUUGCAGACAACGACCGGAUCUACGUUGUGGAAGUGAACGGCGUCUCCAGGGACCUUGCGGAAAUGUUCUAUACCUUGAAAGCAGCACGAAGCCUCGUACUGUCGCUCAUUAUCACCCGUAGGUGAGAAGGGUAAAAGCUGACAUAAGUGAACAGUUACUAGAGUGAAUAGGAAGGAGAACAGUUACUACAGUGAAGUGUUUGCGACCGCAUGGGCUGAAGGUCAGUCGUUGGCGCCUUGUUUGUGUUGUUUCUUGUUUGUUUGGUUGUUCGUCGUGGCCUUGUGCCCGUUUCCUUUCUCUCCAAUCAAACUAGGGCUAGCAAGGGUUAGUGGGUACUUGAUUGCUCAUUCUUGACUUGAUCAUCUAGCACAGAAUGGAGUAGCAGCUGCGUCUGCAGUAAACAACUCAAUAUUUUGCUACGCAUAUUAACUUAUAAUAAGUAAGUAGACAUUGACAUGAAUGAACAGUUACUACAGUGAAUAGAAAGGAGAUUUUUCAGGCCUUAAUAGAUUGCGGGGUACUUGCAUUUGUAACUACAACAGAUAGAAGCGCUAAUAAAGUAGUACAGAUAUUAUUCGUAGUUCAAGUUUAAGAUAGGUAUCAUACGUUUUCAUCUUGUCACUGCGUGAACAUCAUGUUGACAAAGAAAGUAAGAAACUAGUCGUAAAUCAGGCAGUACUACAUGUUGUUGAAAGUUUUAGGAUUGAUCAUGUUAGUUUGUAGCUCUGUCGUAAAUCAAAUGUACCACUCAACAAGAAGAGGUUUCGAGACUGUUGAAGUUUAGAGAAUUUAACUCGUCAUGUGUGCAGCUGCUGAACACGUGCGGGGGUAGCAUGUUUUUUACCACACUACGUAUCUAUAAGUUGUUGAUCUGGGUUAUUUGAGUCAUUUUGAUAUGUGAGUAUGUCACAGGAGAAGCAAACGCCGAUUGUUAGUAACAUCAACGAAAUUUCGAAUUUGCAUAUAAUUAGUCUUUUUAGUUCUUCCACAUCCACUUUUGCUGUUCUUGUACUUAUAAAUAUCAUCUAGGAAAGCGAAAACAGCAGCUCAAGCACGAGCUGAAAACAUGGAGGUGUUGACAUGUCAGAGAAAGCAUAUCAUCAAAGUAUCAUGAUCAUGAUCGUCCCAGGACGUAGAGGUGCGGCAGUCGCAGCUGCGGGGAGGUCGGCGCCCUGUGGAGGCAAACUGAUUGAUUGGCUGCUUGAUCAUGGUUUUCUGAUGAAGAUCGCGACACACUUGCAACACUAUAGCAAUCUUGGAAAGGAGUCCUCCCUACACGAGGUUGCUGGCCCGCCUUCGGAAACGAUGUGGGUCAUAGCGCCUAGAAAUCGGAAAGCGAG